AUGGCCGACCCACUCUCCAUUGUUGGCGGUCUUGCAGCAGGACUCCAGCUUGUAUCAAUGGCUGGGAAAGCUCUGCUAGCCACUAUAAAACUAUUACAAGACCUGCAGGAAGUCCCUGGUCAGCUCGCACAGCUCCUGAGAGAAGUUGAUGACUCCAUAUCCAGGCUUUGCUACAGCUGCAGGGGAGGCUCUCACAUCUUUAGCAAUCUGGAUCCUGCUCAGGAAAAACGUCUCACCUGCAUCGCCGAUUCACUGCAUCCAGUACUGCAGGAAAUCCACAACAUGAUAACGCCGUUAUUCCCUAAUCGCCAGGGCAAAAGAAAAGCAAUAAACCAAUUCUGGAACUCCAUCGUCUCACUCAAGGUCGAGAAGGAGCUUUCACAGAAGCUAGAGAAGCUCAACAGGCUCAACAUUGAGAUGGUUCGGGAACUAGGAGUUGUUGGACUCGAGGUCCAAUUGGCCACCAACGAGCUCGUCGCAGCUACCAAUACAACUUCAGCACAGGGCUUCUCUAACCUUGAAGCGCAAAUGGAUUCUUUGCGGAGAGAAUUCCAGACUUUCACUAUAUCAAUGCAGGAAGCCCAUACUAUAUCGCUCGAAGCAUCGACUCUCAGCAACGACGACGACGAAAAGCUAAAUAAAACUGCACAAGUAGAGGAAAGCACCUGGGAGAUAGUCAGCAGGUCAUCAACAAGUCUAUCGGGUACAACGAUAGGCCAUCAACAGCCGUCAGAGGAUAAGAGACUAUCAGAAGAAAGGGCAGAACAGAUGCGUCGCUACCUGGAAGGUUCUCUUGGUAAAUCUGCCGCUCUAGUUCCAAGUCCCCUAUCUCGCCGCCAGCGCCCAGACUCUAACCUUGAGUCUGUUCUUUUCAGCAUCCGAACCUUCUACACAACGGGUAAUUUUGACCCCUCGGCACCGGUGCAAAAGGUACAAUUCUGGCAAGACACCGACCUCGCGAUAUACCUUAUGAAAAUCGCGAAAGGAGAAGUCCGCGGCUCAAGCCAAAGCCAGACUCGAGGGUUCCGAUUGCUGAAGAACUCGACAGUGGGUUCUCCUGCAAUAUUUCACGAGGGAACUGCCACUAUUAUUAUUGAGCUACUGAGUACCCUCUCUCCGGUCAACACCACGACAUGCCCUUUUGUUCGAGAUGCUGUCCUUGCAUAUAUCAAUGAGCUUGCACGCACGCAAUUACAUCCUCAACACCCUAUCUCUCUGGUCAUAGCCACGCUCAUGAAAGACAAAGGUGAUAAGAACGUCUCCCUGCGUGCGCUUACAUCAGUGGUUGAUCGCUUGCGCGCUACACUUGGGCCUGCCCACGAACUCACUCAGCUCGCCACGUCAAGGCUCUGUGCCCUUCUACGCCGUAGUGGUGACUAUGAAGAAUCUCUAAGGGUAGCUAAUGAAGGAGUUCGUGCCCUUCGCAGCCUGUUAGGCCCUAUCUCUCUGCAGGAACGCAAACUGCUAAGGCACGUUGAGCAUGUAUACAUUGACCAAGAAGAUUGGCCGGCCGCUCUGAGCGUUUGUUUCGAUAUAGUCGGGCAACAGCACCUCGAAACGCCAGACCCAGACCCAAUAUUCCAUGAUGAUUGCGCAGUGUAUACUAUGGAGGAUAUUGCAAAGAUCUGCGAGUGCGCUGGAAACUUGGCGCUUGCGGUGGCCUGGUUGAAGCAAGCCAAGGUUGCGAGUGUAAUGGCGUGGGGAGAGGGUGAGGAGGCAGGUCAUAUACAGGACAAGUUAGACGAGUUGCUCACGCAGAUCGGUUCGACGGAAGCUUUCGACAGAUGGCAGGCUGAGGCCGUCGCUGACGAUAUUCAACAUGAUGUUAAAUAG